UAAUUUAAAAUUUUUGUUAUUAAUAAUAAUUUGGCGCGUGUGUGUGUGUGUGUGCAAACAUGCUAGUCAUCAACACUUGCAGAAACACGGCGAGGCUGGCCCUGCGGAGCGCCUGGCUGAGAAACAACGUUCCAAUCAGUUCCGCAAUUGCCUCGCGCACUUUCUCGCUGGGGCUGGCCCUGAAGCAGCAAGAUGUCGUUAACGUAACCUUCGUACGUGCCAAUGGCACCAAGAUCAAGACAUCCGGCAAGGUGGGCGACUCCCUGCUUGACGUGGUGGUCAACAACAGCGUGGACCUCGAUGGUUUCGGCGCCUGCGAAGGCACCCUGACCUGCUCCACGUGCCACCUGAUCUUCAAGACCAACGACUUCGAGAAGCUGCCCGACAAGCCCGGCGACGAGGAGCUCGACAUGCUGGACCUGGCCUACGAACUGACUGACACCUCGCGUCUGGGAUGCCAAAUCACCCUCUCGAAGGACAUGGAUGGAUUGGAAGUGCACGUCCCGUCCACCAUCAACGAUGCGCGCUCCGCGUAAAUCCCAAAAUCCCAGACCCAGGACAUAGUUGUUACACUUUUUGUUUGCUAUUUGAGUGCUAGAUAUAUAUUAAAUAAUUGAAAGAAACCUGG